AUGAGGCUUUCUACCGUUAUCGCUCCGCUUUUCUGCGGAUUGGCUGUGGCUGGCACAUGUCCAUAUGCUACUCAGGCAAAAGCCGCCGGAGCCUGUCCAUACGCCUCGAAAGCACAGUCCGAUGACUCUAAAUCCGAAUUCGUGCCCCGGGGCAUGCCAAUUGAAGACAAGAAGGGUGUUAUGUUAAUGAAUCGCAUUGCCCCGAGUGUUUCAAAGCUAUACGUCGCCAACUCCGACGGCUCUGAGCCACGCCUUCUUCUUGGGAACGAGACUACAUUUGACUACCACGGACAAUGGUCGCCUGAUGGCGAGUGGAUCGUCUUCACGAGUGAGCGUGCUGGUGACGGACAGUCAGACCUGUACCGCGUUCGUGCCGGUGGUACAGAUCUACAGCCUAUUUCAAACACACCACAUGUGGAAGACGCCGGUUCUAUUUCGCCCAACGGUAGCCUUGUUGCUUUUCAAGGUACUUUGAACAACCACAAGAGCAACAUUUGGAUUAAAAACCUAGAGACUGGGUCACUCUGGAAUGUGACCAAUACUACCGAUGUUGCUGGAGACUGGACCCUCCCUGAUGGACACUUCCGACCAGCCUGGUCUCCGGAUGGCAACUGGCUGCUCUUUACCUCCGAUCGCAACACACAUUGGCGAGGUCAUAACAACGUGAGUGGAUGGGAACAUACUCAGGAACUAUCCAUAUAUGCUAUUCGACCUGACGGUAGUGACUUCCGUCGCGUCGCAAACAAGACUGGCUACUGCUUGGGAUCACCGAAAUUCUCGCCGGACGGCAGCCGUGUCGUCUUUUAUGAGAUUUCUACCGAGCUUACCUAUUAUGCUCGAGUUUCCGAGCCCGCCUUCUACGAUGUAAACACAGCUAUUGUAUCUGUUGAUUUUAAGACGGGAAAAAACCGCAUCGAGCACUCUUCGGCUGGAUCUGGUGGAAUCAAGAUAUUCCCCCAGUACAUUGACAAUACUACUAUUGGAUACCUCACGAAGAGCAUUCUCACCAAUGAUACCUAUCCGGGAUCCAUAAACUUUACAUCAAGCAAGGCGAAUGGCAAGCUCGAUUCUAAGUACCUCAGUACCUCACUGGUUGGUCGCUACCGCUCUCCAUCUUGGUCGCCCGAUGGCAGUAAAAUGAUAUAUGAGCAUGUUGAAUGGGAUCCUGUCCGUUCUAUUGAUAAGAAGCUCUACAGCUGGAACGAGGAAUGGGAGUACCGCUUUACUGAUGUGUUCCCACGCAUGUCCAAGGGUGGCAAGGUGGCGUAUACUUCGCAACAGACAGAGAACUCCUCACUCGUGAUCAUGAAUCCGGAUGGUUCUGGUAAGCAGGAUAUCUUUGAUGGAUCGCGAUUCCCAGGUCUCACUACCCACACCAACACAAAUGGAACAUUCCAAGCUUCAUGGCGUGACGAUGGAGAGGUUUUGGCUGUUGGCCUCGGCGACUGGUUUGAAUACCGAUAUACCAGCCCGGGUUGGGUCUUCUUAGUCUCUUCAAGUGGCAAUUGGACAAGAAAAAUCACCAACGGCACUACAAAUGCAGGCUUCCCUACAAUCUCCCCUGACGGUCGUUGGCUGGUCUGGCGUGAAUUUGACUAUAACAGUGAGCAAGUGUUUCCUUUGGGUUUGCGACGUAUGGACCUGAAGACCGGAGAUGUUAAGGUCCUGACACAGCAGUGGGAUAACACCCCUAUGUUCUCCCUUGAUGGUACGAACCGUAUCGUCUUUACUCGACGAACUAGCUGGCCUGCUACUGGUCCCCUUGAUGACAACUAUGAUGUUAUGACGAUGGAUGUUAAUGGUAACAAUCUUAAACGACUUACGGAACUGGCUUGCAAUGAUGCCCAUGCAACUUGGACACAGGAUGGCAAAAUCAAUUGGGCAACCGGCAUGUAUGGAUUCCAAGAUGAGGCCAUGAUUUAUGACAAUAACCAGCAACCGUAUCCUUUUAUCAUGCAGAUGGAAGCUGACGGCUCCAACAUGACUGUUUUGACAGAAAGCAGAUGGGAGGAUACUAUGCCGCUGUAUGUUCCAAACGACCUCUGGGCUGGCUCUUCUUGA